UAUAAAAAGCCCUUUUUGUUUUAUUUUUGUUCUUCUUGUUUAUCUUUUUCUUUUUUAUAAUAAAAAAAAAACAAACAAAACAACAACAGCAAGAUGGGAUUAUUUUCAAACUCUAAAACUCCUCAAUUACAACAAGCAACAAGCUAUCAAGGUGCACCGCCACCUUAUUCACCUUCUGCCUCAACAAGUUACACUCCUCCCCCUCCUCUUCCUCCAAAACAACCAAUGAAUCCUGAUACAAGGAUGUUACCUAAUGGUUGGAUAUCACAGUAUGACCCUGCUUCAGGAAAAUUCUUUUACGUCUAUACGCCUACUGCAUUACGUCAAUGGGAACAUCCAGCCGAUAAGCCGUUGAAUAGUGGUGAGAAUAGUUCAUACAACCCUCAACAGCAACAACCUUAUUAUAACAAUUUUGAGCAGCAGCAACAACAACAACAACGUUAUUAUCCUCAACAGCAACAACCUUAUUAUAGCCAACAACAGCCACAGUAUGUUGUUCAACAGCCUACUCAUCAUAGUCGAUUUGGUGGUAGUCAAGGGAUGGGAUUUGGUAAAAUGGCCGCAGCAGGUCUUGGUGGUGGCCUUUUGGGCUAUAUGAUUGGUGAUGCUAUAUUUGAUAACCACCAUCCUGAUAUUAUUGAAAAUAAUUAUUAUGGCGAUGAUUUUGGUGGUGGUGGAUUUGAUGGUGGCUUCUAUGAUGGAGGGUUUGGGUUUUAAUAUAAUGUGUGCAUAAUAAGCAAUGCCCCCCUCCCCAUACCACUCCUUUCUUUAAUUCAUUUGUAUAGUUUAUUACGUAAUAAUUUGUUUAUAUUAUUUUAUAAAAAAAAAAGCUUUAUGUACAUAAUCUAUUUUUCUUCUGCUUAUGAUAAACCAUUCAUUGAAUAAUAUCACAUCCUCUUCUAUUAAUAUAUAUUUAAACGGAUUUAUUUGUUUGAUAAAAUAAAGUGCAAUCGACCUUAUUUAUAUUUUUAUAA